UCAACUCAGUUAUCUUGCUCCAGUCAAAAUUGGGUGGCUGCCAAUCCAAAGAAGAGUGAUGACGGUGGCUGAUGCUUGCAACCAAAAUCAGUUUUUGGACCACUCUCCUGGCCAGGUGAAACUGAAACAACCCAUUACUCCAACAUUUCAGAAGAAUCCAGCCACACCCAAGGCACAGGAUGGGGAGGUGGAGGGAAGUCACACCAGUUCGAGUGCUUUAGGUGUGAAGACGUGGCAGCCAGCCGAUCAAGGCUCUCCCAUUAUCAAACAGGUGCCAGAAAAACAAAGCUUUCCGGCUAAAGAAGGGGACAGACCUGUCGGCUGGCAAGCUCUGAGGAGAGGCUGGAAUACUGUCAGGGUGUCAGCUUUCUCUGGAUGCAGGCAGUCCUUCGAGCUUCCAACAGGGACCAACUCAGACCCCAACAGGAAGUCCCCUCUGACAAAAACAACCAGCGUAGAGCCUCUAAAGCAUAUUCCUCUACAACGAACAACUUCUACUGAGCCCUGCAGACCACACACAGCAAACAGGACAGAGACAUACAAUUCCCAUACUCCUUUGCACAGGACAAGCAGUGUUCAGCCUAUAAGGGCAACAGCCCCACUGCCUAGAACAAACAGUAGCUCACAGCCCUCACACAUCCAGACAAGUUCUGCUGUGACUACACUCAUCCCUCAGAACAAAGCUGGCUUCUCCUCCAUCACCAUCUCCUCCAAGAAAGUGAGCAGAUCAGCCAGUCUGCCAGGUUCCGACACCCGCAGUCACUCUUCUCAGUCCAGUGAGUCCCCUUCGCCACCUCUAACCCACCAGCCCAUGGACCCAAACUCCAGGCAUGUCACAGUACAGAGGAAGGCCACUAUAGUGAAAGUGACGGAGCAAAGGGUGAUGUCCAGCCCAGUCCAAAGCACGAAAAGGACAGGUGCGCCACCAGCUAGCCAUGGUCUGGACACAGUGGUCCACAGAAGAAAGGCUACCAUCAUCAAAGUGACAGAGCACAGAGAGAGCUACAGUCCAGCCAAGGUAGAGUCUGGGAUGAGGCGCCCAGAGUACAGACACAGCUACACAGAGGGAGUAUACAAGAACAACUCCUGGAGUCAGGGAAACCAUUCGCAACACAUUGCAGCACCUUCACAUCACCAUUUGGAUUCCACAAAGGGGCCAGAGCCUUCUGUAACACUGAAUACAUCCACUUCACAGCCAGAGAAAAAUGGUGGAACUCUGCACAGAUCCACACUCAGUCUUUUUGUCAGCAACCCCCCUGCCAUAGCAGCAGCCGCUCCCUUAGAGGUUUCUCCGACAGCUGUUGGACAGAGAUCGGGUAGGCCGCACAGACCACUGAGCUGCUAUGGCAAUGUGUUUGGACACACUAAGCCAAGCAAGGAGAGUGUAACACAACCAGCUCCCAGGAAAUGGAGCUUUGGGCUUCCACAAGAAUCCAAUAUCAGCCCUGUGAACUCAGACCGCAGUUUCAUCAGCCCUGGAACAGCAGUGAAAGAAGCAGGUCAGCUACUUGCAGACACCCUUAAACCAAACAGAGGCGAGGAAGACAGACUGCCGCCGCCUGAGGAUACAGCAAGGAGAGUGUCCCCUGGUCUAACUCUCAUCAAGGCCCCGGAUCCCCUCUCACAUCAGUCUCCAGAGGAAGUGCUUGCACUCAAUGCGGCUGCAAUCAUAGCAAACAUCAAACUCCAAAGACAACUUAGUAAGAAGAAAACGCCAAAUGGCAGUUCUGAGAAGGACUCCACAGCAUCGCUCUGGGGAAAUACGGAUAUGUGUAUGAAGGUGCAUCCUGAUCAAAGCCCAGCUCAUCACCACAAUCCACCUCAUGCUGCAUUUGUUCUGCUGAGUCUUGACCCUGACAGGUCACCUGAAACAGUUUCUCUACAGGAUGCGUUGAAGAGGUCCAGACCAGACUUCAUUAGUCGUUCCCAAGGCAGAGUGCAAGAGCUGGAACGAAGGGCACAGGAGAGGAAGGAGCGGGCAGAUUCAGUACAGCCACAGUCAGGUGCUUCUCUUAGGCAGAGGAGAGCCCACAGCGCCCAGUCUGCCUCUCUGAACGAUAACCUUUUCAAACUUAGAGAUAGAGUCAUUACUGGGAAGGAGAUGCAUCUCAGAUCCAAGCGCACACUUGCAGAGGUGAAGAGGAAAAAGGAUGAAGAGAAGAACAGGGAGAUGUUUCUGAGCAACAGACAGCGAGUUGAACUUUUCAAAAAGAAACUGUUGGAUCAGCUUCUUCAAAGGAGCAGCAACUGAACGACUGGCAACAGAUGAAGAUGAUGACAUGACAAAGCCUGCGGCAUUGCAUAACAGACUGAAGAAGUGAACUUUGCCCCUUGACUGUACUGAAUAUGUAGGUCGUGAUAUAACUCAAGCCUUACUUUGGCUUUGGUUUGGCUGUUCAUUUCUCUCAUGUAUUACCAUUACAUUUGUGUCACAGAGCUUAACAUCUGUUUUUCUGAAAAAUGAGUGCAUGGCCAUCUUUCAAAAACCUAGAUGGUUGUCUAACAUUGCUUACUUCUGUUUUGAAGGGUUUUUUUUAAAUAAUCCCCAAAGACUCUUCUGUCCAAAAAAUGUUCUGUCAGAUGACAAUAAAGACAGACUUUUAAACAAUUUCCCUUGGUGCAAUCCCUUCUAUAUGUCCUAAUCCAACAAAAGAUGGUAGGCAAAGAUUACAUAUCUUCUUGGUCAUUUAAAUAGAUAAAUACCCGAAGAUAAAACUUUUUAACAGAUUAAAUGGGUUUAAAAUAGUUGUCUUUUGCAGUGGAUAGAUUUUUUUAAAUUCAGAUGGGUAGAACUGUCUGUGAAUACUCUGGAAAUACCUUCAAAACAAGUGCUGAUAAACUGCCUUGGUUUUUGAAAGACUGGAUGUAUGAAAUCAUGUCUCAGCAUUCUGUUUUGGUUUUAAUAGACUCAUGAAUACACUGGCUGAUACGGUUUUUAUGUAACAUCAGACCCAGUGAUGUAUGCUGUUUAUCUGUGUUAUCUUGUUUUCACUUGAUUGCAAAUUGCCUUUCUCUCCAGAAUACUUCAUGUAAUGGGAUGCAGAGUAACCUCUCACUGCACGAUAACGCACUGAUGUCCUCACGCAGCCACUUUCACAUGAUCUUGUGUGAUUCGAAGCAGUGAUAUAAGACAAAAUAAUUCAUUAUGCUCCAAAGUCCCAUCCAGGACCUUUUUCAGCAGUCCCCAUUAUACAACCAAUAAGCAGACAGACAGAAGCCUGAAGUGGGCUCUGCUAUUAUUCAGUGCCAGCUAUUAGCUGUAAGAUAGAGGAAUGCGACCCCUUCUCACUGGAAAUGCCCUGUUAAUGGACAGUGCCGAUGUGAAUGGAGCUUUUGUCUCUGUCUUUGUCUCAUGAUGGACUGGGGCCUGCCAUUGCAGAUUUAGAUUUGUGUGUUUUGAUCCAGAGUGAAUGGGCUCAGACUGCUGCUCAACAACAUGAUGGAGCUGGGCAUAAAUCAAAAGUGAGACGUGUGAAUAUUUAUUUUUGGAAUAAUAGACAACAGAGCAGAUGCUCUUUUCAUUACUCUUAAUUGUUAUUUUACUCAUUAGUCUUUAAGUUGGAGUUCUUUCAUAGUCCAUCUGUUUCAUCCAUCAAAAUUUGAGCUGAUGUCUCAGAGAAGACAGAUGAUUACUACUGACAGACUGAUUUUUGUAAACCUUAUUUCAUGUCAGUGCAUAUCCACGUGUAGGUGUGUUUGGACAGUAAGAGUAUAAUCAAUAAUAGCCCCCAUGGUUUAGACAUGUUUCCUUCUUUCUAGAUUGAGAAAAUCUGUGUUGGUGAACCAUGGGUGCUGCUCAAAGAAUGUAUGUGUAUGUGUGUGCGUGUGUGUUGGAGGGUUACUUUAUUCUCCUGGUUUAAAUUACUGUGUCUGUAUCCACUGGUUUAAUGGCAGAGAUGGAUUUUCUGUGCAAUGUGACAGAAAGCACAACAGAAUUCUUUAUACUAUGCAUUUCAUAUUUUAA